AUGUUCCCUGGGUGUAGGUGGUUCAACUUCGUUCUCCUGGCUUUGGUUGGAACAGUCUCUCUUCCCGUGAAAGGUAGUUGUCCGCCAGUAUGCAGAUGUUCUAAUGUGUCAGCUAUAUGUCGGUCCGGACUCACCGUAUUCCCCUCUGGUCUACCACCAGGGUUAACAGCCAUCUCGGUAAGCGGUACAUAUUCAAGCAGAAACAACAUACCCUCAAUAGCCUUUUCCUUUUUUACCUCCGUUUCACGGUUAGAGAGGCUUCACAUGGCAUUCUGCAGAAUUGAAACCAUCACAGACGGCGCCUUACCGUCAUCUUUGGUCACCCUAAAUAUCUCUUACAAUAGAAUUUGGAUAAUUUCAAGAUCAACGUUAAAAAAUCUUAUUCAUUUGAGACAGUUACAUUAAACAGGAAAUAUUGGAACGGAUAUUUCUCACACUGCAUUUAACAAUUUGAGAAGGUUAAAAGAACUGUAUAUGGCAGAUAUGGGAAUAAAAGUGUUUGACAAAAGACUACUGGAACAUUUGCCAAUGUUGAAGGUACUGGAUCUUCAUGGAAACAAACUUAAACAUCUCGACUGGACGUUUACGGAGACAUCAACCUCCUUAUCUUACAUUGAUAUUUCAGGGAAUCUUUUUUCGGAGCUAUCAAAUUCUAGCAUUAUGAAUUUGCGUCAUAUUAAAUCGAUAAAUUUAAGUAAUAACAAUUGGAAAUGUAAUUGUGCCUUAGAAUGGGUGAAGGUGUUGCCUUCUCCUAUUCCAGAAUCUGUUGACUGUAGCGGACCUUCAUCUGUACGAUAUCUAUCAAUCGUCAAUGUUCCUUCAUCACAACUUACAUGUGUACCGGCAUCAGUGAGGUGUUCCACGGUUUCUUUUACGGGAAAGUACCACACCCAGUUGAAUAUUUCCUGUAGCUUUGACGGGGACCCCUUCCCUGACGUUUCUUGGAUAAGACCUGAUGGCGUCAAACUACAAUAUUACAACUAUGACCAUCCAAAUUAUGUCGUUUCAGAAACUGGUAUGCUGACUAUCAAAUCUUUAGAUAUUUUAGAUGAUGGGCGGUGGACAUUACAUGUAAAUAAUGUCAAAAAGCAAAACUCUGUGUCAUUGUCUGUCACUGUCACCGGCAUUUUAACCACAACAACAACAACAACAACCACCACCAAAGGUAUCAGUACUUUCUCUCUGACAGCGCCAUCUACUUCCUCUAUGACGACUAUCACUGCAACCUUUGGAAACACCUUAGCGAUGGAUUCCAAAAGCAGAGGAGGUAGCGCGACUGUCGUCUGCUUGACGGUUCUUGGCAGCCUCGUUUUGGUGAUCAGUAUAGCCGUUUUCUUUCUCUGUUUAUUCAAUGUUUGCGGUCUACGUUUUUUGAGGCGACGUUCGGUUCAUGAUUGGUCUGAAACCACACAACAAACUUUACACAAAUUCAAAACAACACUCAGUAGUGCUUCUGAUUAAAGUGGUCAUGAGUGCAGAGGAUCCUCGUGACAUUAUAAAACACUGCACAGCUAUCUGAUACUAACAUUUUAUAGGAGGAAGUCGAAGUAACAACUGCAGCAGUUAUAUAAUUCUCAAGAUGAAAACAUCCACCAUAGUGGUACUGUUAGCGGUGCUGCUCAUGUCUGAGCAAGCAGUGGGUCAAAGCUGGUGGGAUAGGUUCCGGAAUCGAGUCCAGAGCGGAUUUGACACCGCGUCUGGCCACGUCCAACAAGCCGCAGAGGAAGCGGAAGCUCUUGCCAGACAGGCGGCUGAACGAGCCCGAGAUGCCGCCGCGAGGGCCAGAGAACUCGCCAGGCAGGCGGCCGAUGGGACUAGGGACUUUGUGAGACGAAGAAUUGAUGAUUUAGACUAAAGUCAUAAUAACAUUUUUAUACGAGAAUCAGCGAUCGUGUCAAGUGAGCACUUGAAAGUCUUGAUUAAAGAACGGACUACUUACUACGUACUUGUUUUAAGUCGAUUUAAAUGAAGUCUUAUUUUACGUUUAUACAUAUAUAGGUCUCUGGCGAUGUAAAUUGAGUGACUGAAACUUUAAAAUAAAUUCUGCUCCAAUUGAA